GAAGCUGAAGAUGCGCUGUGAAGGUCUCUUGGGCUGUUUUAAAAUGGCCUUUGGAGACUGAGUUACAAGUUGUAUCCCGUAGUCACUAAAUAUAGACAAUCAAUUUCUGCUUGAUUUGGGUUUUUACUUUGUCAGUGAAGCACGGAUAAAACGCAAAAUUGAAUCAAUUUUGGGGAAUUUUUUUUCUCUCCUAGGAAAUCAAAAAGGAAACCAUGAGGCAAAUGGAGAAAGUAUUCCAGGAAGACUAAAAAUCUUAAUUCUGCUAUUUACUAGCUACAAAAGACAGUAAAGAUAAUGAAUACAUGUGAGUGUGUUUAUUAUUCUGAAGAGCACAUGUGUUUUUUUCGGAGUGUGUCUCUCUGGCCCUUGAGUGAUGAAUAUGAUUUUUUUUUUCCGUGCUGGAUUUUUACUGCCUUGAAACUUAACUGUUUUGACACUAGAGAAAUCCUCUUGUUUCUCCUUCAAAGGUAAAUAUAUACGUUAUUGCUUGAAAUCAGCUCUACCUCACCCACACGACUGGUCUUCACUAUUAAUCCCAGCUGAUGGUAGGGAGGGGCUCCUCAGAGAGGCAGCCAUGUGGUGAACAUUGAGCACAGUGUUUCCCCCGCUUCUCUCCUUUUCAGACAGGCAAAAUUGUUCUACGCUGCUGUAGACGUGAACUCCUUGCUGCGCUGCCUGUCUCUUCUCUUCCAGAAACUUGAGGGCCUGAAUUACCGGCCACAGAAGAGCUCUCGCUGAAUCUGGAUGGAAUAUGGACAAGGCGAUGAAUAGCAGAAGGGAAGAAAGAGUGAAGUUGGUUAUUUUUCUGGCACAUGGAUGCAGUUACACUCGGUGCAUUCCAGAGGCGUUCUUUUGAAUCCUGUGCAGGUCUGCCUGCUGUUCCUGGGAGAAAAGAAGAAAAAGGCAGGAAAAGUCCCUCUUGCUUGGAGACGGAAUGUCUGCACUUUCAAUUCUCUUUUUAGCUUCCUGUUCUGUUUGGCUGUCCGAGGCUCAGACUGAAUUCAAGAGGGUGGCUGAAGAAAACGUGACUUUGCCCUGUCACCAUCGCCUGGGCCUCCUGGAGCAGGGCAGCCUGGAUAUCGAGUGGCUGCUGCACAUUUCAGAGACAGUACAAAAAGCGGUGAUCACCUACUCUGGAGGCCGUGUUUACGAUGACCUGAACGAGGAACAGAAAGGGCGCGUUUCCUUCACAUCCAACUUCCUCGCUGGAGAUGCGUCCUUACAAAUCAUAUCCCUGCAGUCCAGCGAUGCGGGGAAGUACAUCUGCAAGGUUAAAAAUGCUGGGCAGUACGAAUGGGCUCGCAUCACCCUCAAGGUUGUAGAAAAACCUUCCAAGCCCAAAUGCUGGUUGGAAGGGGAGCUGUUGGAAGGCAAGGAGCUGUCCUUGCAGUGCCGUUCCGCCUCCGGCACUGCACCCAUCUCCUACCGAUGGCAGCGCAUAAACGAGGAAGACGAGAGAGCGGAACAUCUCCCGCCUACAUCGAGAGUCAACAUUUCUAACCCCGGACAAGUCCUGCUGAAGAAUCUUACGCAGAUGAGCACAGGGUUAUACCAAUGCAUUGCCACCAACGAGGCUGGACAAGAAAGCUGUGUUGUCCAGGUGACAGUGCAGCACGCACAAAAUAUCGGCAUGAUCGCUGGAGCGGUCUGUGGCGUGGUGGUGGGCCUCUGCCUCCUUUUCCUGGUGGUGAGGCUGACAAUAAGAAGGAAAGAGAAGAAGAGAUACGAGGAAGAGGAGGCACCAAAUGAAAUCAGAGAAGACGCAGAGGCACCCAAGGCCCAUCUCGUCAAGCCCAGUUCGUCUUCCUCUGGUUCCAGGAGCUCACGCUCAGGUUCCUCCUCAACCAGGUCAACAGCCAACAGUGCCUCUCGCAGCCAACGGACUUUGUCAACGGAAGCAACUCCUCAUCUAACUCCUCCCCAGUACGGCCAGAGGGAGACGGAGAGAAAAGAAACGGAGCCAAAGAAAGUCGACUACGCUAACCUGAUGAAAAUGGGAGCGACGCUGGUCAUGGUGCCUGCGCAAAGCCGAGCGUUCCAGACUGUGUGACUGCUCGUCUGGAGACUCCCGCUGUCCAGAAACACUUCACACACCACCAGCCACAUAGGAAUUGUUAGGUUAGUUAGCUUCUUGGUCAGCUUCAUUUUAAUCACUUGUGAUUAUUCACGCCACGAGAAGCCCUCCCACCCAACUCUUUCUUACAUCUUCCAGCACUGAGGUUCUGAUACAGAAUUAUAUUUUUGAAGAAAGAUACAUUUGAGGGAAAAGGGAGCCUUCUUUUUAAAUGAUCUUUUUCGGAUGUGGAACACUACAACAGCUAGGUGCUGUAAACAUGAAAUGAAGCCAAACCUCGUGGUUUUAAAAAAGGGAUCAACAGACAUAUAAAGACACAUGAUAUUCCAGAGAGGUUUUGUGGGGAGAGAAAAGUCUCUUGCGCUGGUUCCAGAGAACUUUCUCAAAGAUACAGUGUCUUAUCUGAAGAUUCUGGGGCAGACUCUCUGCUGAGGAUAGUCUGGUGCUCAACCUCAAAGGGAACUGACAAGCACUUCAUGUUUUCUGCGUUCAGUUUUCUCAUGAAAUACUUUUGGAGGCUGUAACUAAAGCAGAAAUGCGAGGAUCACUCAAAAAGGUCAAAAGAUGCAGUAUUAAGGCUUAUACCUGAACUAACCUCUGCACUAAAGGACCCUUUAUGUCAAGGAAAUAGAGGUGCUUUAAUUGCCAGAAUACACUUAACGAUGCACCCAGCGAGAUACGGCCAGGAGCCUGACUCUGCUUUUAUGGUCCACACUGCAAAGCCGCAGUAACUCCCCUGGAGUUGUAUCUGUGACAAAUGAGCCUUAGUGUGAUGAGAACUGGGCGCUGAAUCCAGAAUGAAGGCAGGACCUCAAAAAGCGAGGGCCACUAAUCUACCAAAAAGCCUGGACGAAGCAUUUGGAAGAUAUCUUUGCUAUCACCAGGUCGUGAAUUCACCAGUUUUGGGGUGAGCCGUGCUGUAGAAACCUUAUGGAGAGCUCUUCCCAAGGCUGAACGAACAGCAUUCUUGAGCUGACCUUCAGGCAUCCAGGUAAGACUGCAGGACAGAGUGACAGAGCACGUAGUGAGGAAAAUACAUCAGGGACAGGCAAACAAGCACAAUGCUACUUCUAUUAGAAAAUACUUGCGUGCAGUGUCCCAUUCACACACCAAACACUGGGGCAGGUGCUAUUCUUGAGGCUUAAACCUUAGCAUGACCCUUAAAAAAACUGCAAGAAUCAUGCAAAUAUUUUCGGUGAUUAAAUUAGCCAGAAUAAAUGUUUCCAAGGAAUAUACAGUCUUACGCUUAAAGGUGAAGAACAAAAGGAGAUGAUGGGAAAUAGGGACAAGCUUCCCCUGGAGGCAGAUGCUCACAUAAUUCUGUCAGAUAUAUUUUCCUCUGAAGGACUUGGCUCUGCACACAAACCCUGAGCUUGUAGGUUCUAGAUUCCUGUAUUCCCGGAGUGAUGAUUUUCUAUUAGAAAAAAAAAAUUAGGUGCUUUAUUUCAUUUGAGAGAGGGAGGGUUUUCUCCACUUUGUGGAAUGAGUCUACAGGAGAAGCGUCAGCACACAAGAACCACAGAUUUAUAAUUCUUUCACUCCAGGGCCUGUAAUUUUCUCCUUUUCUGUCUGAAACCCAGAAUUGUAGCUGCUUUGCUUGAAGUCUUAGCCAUUUUGAUCAAAGCCAAGCCCUGCUUGGGCUACUUCCUUAUGGGAAGUAGUUUUGAAACCUGCCCUCUGCUAUCUGAGAACUUCUCUUCCUAGUCGUAGCCACCCAUUUUCAUCACUUGCACCAAAAUGUCACUUGCUGUCUCUACCUAGCCACCCUCGGCAGGACAAAGCACUGCUGUGUUCUGCAGAGAAGGCAGUCCCGGGUCACAGAUUUAAACAGGGACAUUCGCUGUUAGGUGUUUGAUGAGCUAUUGCUUUCGUGACAGCUCCUGGGGUUGGAUACUGUGUCAUUUUACCCAGACAGUUUCCCUGGAUGCUCCAGAGGCGCCUUUCCUGGAAUGUUUUGGUGGAUUUGGUGGUGGCUGUCGCAGCAGCAGCUCUAAGUGUCUGUGAUUCCUCUGCAGUUGCUCUUUUCCUGGAGCCUGAAGGCUCAGGCAUUCCAAAGCACUUACAAGGUACUCCAGAGCUGGGAAAGUCCCGAAGAGCCUGAGCAGGACUGCUGAGGCUUCUGUGGUUGCUCCUUGUGCUUAAUGUUACCUGUGUUGCAGCUGAGGAUAGUUAUUCUAUGCAUAUAAAAGCAGGAGUGCUUUUCUCAGUAAAGAAUAUGCUCCUGAGCAAUGAGAAGCUUAUUACCACAAAAUUAAGGGUAACAAUCAGACAGUUGAGCUGGCUACAGCCCGAAUACAAAGUACUGUAGGUUGGCUUUGAGUCACGGGUCGGAGUUGCAAUUAGCAGAGAGGAGGAUGCUCUGUCUGCAGCCUGGAGGCCACUUGCUGCCGGCGAGGAGAAUCCUCCAACCUGCUCCUGAUUGCAUAGGAUGGGUUAUGGGCCUCGGGAAAAGAAGUUAUUUGGAAGCAACUGCUGAAGCCUGUCGUGUGUGUGAUCGUUCCCGGCUGUUCCCAGCCCCGUGGGAAGCAGGAGGUACGUGUGCCCGCUGUCCGGGUGCGUACAGAGCGCCCGGGUACAAACCGUCUCAGAAGAAGCCACGGAAUGAAGAUGCAAUGGUGAGCGGGCACCGUGGCCAUUGAAAAUCGCCCAGUCUGAAACGCCGCGGUGCUUUUCAAGCCACACUUGAGUGAUCUCAUGGGUGAAGACAAAGUCAAUUCGGCACUUCAGUCGCUAGCGUGAAGCCCAAAGGGAAAAAGUUCAUUACUCAAAGGAAAUACGAGACAGAGAUCAUGUCCAGGGUAUUCUGUUUCCAAAGGGACGUUUGCUAAGCUCCGGAUGAUACUAUCAGGAGUUGCAAAAGGGAAGCAAAUGAUACAUAAGCCAAACUCUAUUUUGUAAAAUAGUGUAUUUGAAGCAUUUACUGUCAUAUAACAGUUACUACUAGUGUGAUUAAAUGCAUACCAUGUUAGGUAGCUUGCUUUUGUUUCUCAGCAGCUAAACUAAGCUUACAUCUCUUCUACCUGCUAUAAUCGGUGUACUUGUACUGUGUCUGAACAACUCAGAGGAAAGCAAAUAUUUAUUAUUGAUUCCUUUGAAUCAAUGAUUUCAUAAUUUUUUUUGGUUGGUUGUUUUAUAAAUAAAUGUGCUGCAGCUGAAGUGCUGCAGCUCAACUCAA